CUCGCCGCGGCGGUCUUCCGUCUCUUUGUGGGCCGGCUGGCCGACAUGGCGCGGCGCUCGCUCUCGGACCGGCGGCCGUGGACGGAGCUGCUAGACCGCUCGGCCUUCUCCCGCCCGGACUCGCUCUCCGAGGCCACCUCGCGGCUGCGCCGCAACCUCGGCUACUUCCGCGUCAACUACGCCGCCAUCGUCGCCUUCUUGCUCACGGCCUCGCUCCUGGCGCACCCCUUCUCCCUCCUCGCCCUCCUCGACAUCCUCGCCGCUUGGUGCUUCCUCUACGCCUUCCACCCCUCCGACCAGCCCGUCGUGCUCUUCGGCCGCACCUUCACCGACCGCGAGACGCUGCUCCGCCUCGUCGUUGCGUCCGUGCUAGCCUUCUUCCUCAGCACCGUCGCUUCGCUCAUCAUCUCCGGGCUGCUCGUCGGGGGCGCCAUCAUCCCCGCGCACCGAGCCUGCCGCAUGCCAGAGGACCUCUUCCUUGAUGAUCCCAGCGCUGCGUCCAGUGGCAACACCACCACCAGGCUGCUAUCCUUCCUUGCGUCGCCCAGAUCUGGGGUUUGACGCCUCCACGACUGGUAAUAUCCAGUCAAAUCAAAGUCUUAAAAUCGGGAGAGCUCUGGCCCCGUAGCUGCAGCAGAGAGCUUGUGGUUCCUAUGGUACUUAACUUGCCGUGACAAUUGGGAGCAACUUCUGGAGAGCAUCCCAAUAAUAUCUGAGAACAACAGGGUUGCUGAUUCAGCAUUUGGUCCUACUAUGAAGUUCUACCAUCCUUGGGAAUAAGUUCGUUGCCUGCUAGGACCGUUAUCUUCUUCAUGUUCUGAAUGAGAGGCGAGAGCAUGAUCAUGAUCUUUGUGUGCACCUGUGAAUCUACUAGGCUCCUUGCUCUCAUGUUAAGGAAUCUUGGUUUCAAAGCUAUGUCUAUCAGUGGCCAAAUGAGUCAGAUUUACUUUCUUUGACUUAAAUGUCACACACAGACAACUACAUGAUUAUUUCAUUUAGUUGGCUAGACCUCUGUGAGGUUUUACAUGUCUUCUCUAUUUCUUCCCUUACUCUC